AUGCCUAAAUGUUUAUAUUAUAAGAAAGUUUUUAUAAAUCAGCAAGCAUUAGGUAAUCAUAUAAAAAAACAUUUGGAUGAUAGUAAUGAAGAUUUAUCUUUGCCAAAUAAAGUGAUUCAUACCAAUUUGGUUGAAAUAACAAACAGAGUUCUUAAUGAUCAAAACAAGCUUGAGAGCCAAAAUUUAUUUGUAAAAAAAGAUAUGAAUUAUAAACAACAUUGUUUUAAAUAUAACUUAGAUAACAGUUUAGGAGAGAUUAAUUUUAAUGUAAACAGCUUUGUUGAAAACCAAAAUCCUAGCAUCUUAUCUUUUAAUUACAUAAAUGAUAUUCGAAAUUAUGAAUCACAGGACAUUGAAUUUUUUAAUUAUAAUGAUUUUCAAAGCAAUACAUCAGAUAGAUCUAUUGAAAAACAGGUCAUUGAACUUUUUGAUCAAAGUGAUUCACAAAGUAAUGAUUAUAGUGAUUCUCAAAGUAAUGAUCAUAGUGAUUCUCAAAGUAAUGAUCAUAGUAAUUCUCAAAGUAAUGAUCAUAGUGAUUCUCAAAGCAAUACAUCUGAUGUACAAUCAGAUUUAUUAGACAUUACAGAUGUUGACUUUAAUGAAUAUGCUGAAUAUGAUGAUUUGUAUUCUGGAAAAUCAAAAGGUCCUGAAGAUAUAUAUCAAGAAUUUCUACUGGAAUAUAUGCUUAAGUUUAGAACAGUGCUAAUAGGAUACACCAACUCUUAA